CCAGCCUGCAUCGAACAGCUUCAUCUCAUCAAUUUUGCAUCCUACCUUGUCCUUCCUCCUGUCCCACCAAUUCCUCUUCAAUUACCUCCUCCUCCUCCUCCUCCUCCUCAUUAUACCUCCUUACCUACCUACUUCUAACCGCCAAUCGAAAUGCACGCCCGCUCCCCCUCCCCCACAAGCGACGACCCGCGCAAACGCACCAAACAAACGCACCCAACAACGCGCCUCUGCCACGACUGGAUGGUAGUCUCGGGAAACUGCCACUACGCGCGCGACGCCGAGCACUUCACCACCUACCGGCCGGUGUCGGUGUCCUUGAAAAACAACCGGUUCAACCCGCACGAGGAGCUCCACGUCGCGGGCGUGGGGACCGUGCAGCUGACGACGUGUAGGAGCGCCAACGACCCGACGCCCCGGGUCAUUCGGCUCGACGAGGUCCUGCAUAUCCCGGACGCCGUGUGUAACGGGUUCAAUCCGUUGCUGGUGGGCAGUAGCAUGUCGUGCCAUGCGACGCAUUGGGAGGGUGCGGACCGGCAGGGCGAGCCGUUGUGGUUUGGCCUGCCGUAUGCGGGCGGCACGAGGGUGGCGUUGGCGGGCGAUCUGAGGGGCGAGUCGGAGUUGAUCGGGGGGAGGGAGUAUACUUUGAGUUUGCAUGUUAGUGGCGAGGAGAAGAUGGCGAUGGGGUUGGCUUAAUCGGGCUGGGUAGGGAAUGGAAUGGGUUGGGGGCGUCUGUCUGUUCGGUUUGUGUAUUUUAUCUGGGUACAGGGUACUGAUUGCUUUAUGAUUUGUGUAUGUACAUUAUGUGGAAAUGAAUGAUUAUUGGAUAUAUGCGGGACUUUGGGUUUGCUAGAAUCCUGCAAUCUCCGGUCUCCCCAGAUCUCCAGGUUUCUGUCUCCAGUCUCCAGGUCUGUCUCCCCAUGUCUCCCCAUCCCGACUUUUUCUCCCUCACCGAGAUAGAUUAAUGCCGAGACAUCAACGCCACGCGCGGUGGACCUGCAUGGGCACUGUUAUGGACCCUUUAGGCGUAAAUAUCACGAACGCAUGGCUUGUCGGGCUGCUCGUCCCGAUGGCCACCGACCGGACUGGACAGGAUCGACCAACUCCGUAGUGCCGUACCCCAAUAUCCCCAGACUCGCCAUGCGGAGCCCAGGGCCUCCAGUCCGCCUCGCUUAGCAAGGAUCCUG